UUUGGCAGAGAAGCAGUAACAGCAGUAUCCACCGGCUCGCCAAAACCAAAUCGAUUGACAUCAUGGUAUCUGCAGGUCUCCAGAUCUUCGGCAUCUUCCUUGCCGCGGUGGGCUUCAUUGGGGACAUCGUCAUCUGUGCCCUCCCCAUGUGGAAGGUAUCUGCGUUCAUCGGCAGCAACAUCGUGACGGCCCAAACCUACUGGGAGGGCCUGUGGAUGACCUGCGUGCAGCAGAGCACGGGCCAGCUGCAGUGCAAGAUCUACGACUCCAUGCUGAACCUGCCCGCCGACCUCCAGGCGGCCCGGGCCCUGGUGAUCAUAUCCCUCCUUGUGGCCGUCAUGGGGCUCCUGCUGGCCACCGCCGGGGGCCAGUGCACCAACUGCAUUGAGGACGAGGCGGCCAAGAUCAAGGUGGCCAUCGUGGCGGGGGUCUUUUUCAUCGUGGCCGGCGUCCUGUGCCUCAUCCCCGUGUCGUGGUCCGCCAACGAGAUCAUCCGCAACUUCUACAACCCCAUCCUAAUGAGCGGCCAGAAGCGGGAGCUGGGCGCGUCCCUCUUCAUCGGCUGGGGCUCUGCCGGGCUCCUUCUGAUCGGCGGCGCUCUGCUCUGCUGCCAGUGCAAGAAGCACAAGGAGCACGGCUACUCGGCCAAGUACUCUGCUCCGCGCUCGGCCGCCAGCGGUAGGGCCUACGUCUGAGGACAGCAUCCUGUUCGGGUCUGCUGCGUCCUGCUGCAUGGAUCUUUUAACUUAGUUUGAAAAACAUUUUUAAAUAUAUGAAUAUUUUUUAAAGUAUUUUAUUGUUUCAUUAAAUUUUAUGAAAUCUUA